CGGGUGUAAUUAAAUAGCCUAAUUUUGUGUAAUCCGUGUAGGUAAAACAGCCAUCGCGUUUACUUCUACAUUACUUCAUUUACUGUAAUAGCAUACGAUAUCGUUUCAUUAUUUCUCAGCCGUUGUGCUGACUUGGUGACGUCAGGUGACGCGUCGGACAGGUAAACCAGGAAGUGAACGAUCGUCAUAGACGGAUUUAAAAACAGGAAAAUGAAAACCGCAGGAACACUGCUUAGCCCCCCGGACUGACAUGAACACACUGCUCCAUCUUUUUGUUGUGGUUUUGUCAUUGACAAGUUUGUCUUUGGUCGUCGUGUGUCUGGAUCCUGUUCCAGUUCAGAUCGUGACGACACCAGUGCUGGUGGCAUCAGGGAAAGAUGCCGUCUUCACAGUACAGACGGUGUCUGACGUGUCCCUUAUCAGAUGGACCGAUAGCACAGCCGCCACGCUGGCCUUGUGGGCGAACGGGAGCCCGGUCAUCAUUCCCAUCCAGCAGUACCUGGGCAGAAUCUCUGUCACGGCCACUCAGCUCAAAAUCACCAACAGCCAGAUCCGUGAUUCUGGAAACUACAGCGUCUCUGUCGAACCCUCGCCUACCACUGGAUUCGGCGUGAACACCCGUUCAGUGCAGCUCAAAGUGUUUGAUGCUGUGAACGGAGUUAGUUUGUCCCUGCCGUCUCUGCCGCUGGAGGGUGGGAACGUGUCUCUGAGCUGCAGCUGGUCUGUGGGUUCAGACGUCAGUGUGGUUUGGGGUAAAGGAGGCACUGCUCUUUCCUCUGACAGCCGCAUUACUAUCAGCGCUGGAUCUCUGCUCAUCAAGCAGGCCAGGAGAGACGAUGCAGGAGAAUACACAUGCACCGUCAGCAACGCCGUCAGCGCUCAAACAGCCAAGUCCACCCUCAGUGUCUACUAUGGACCAGACGCCCCACAGUUGACUAAAACCUCAAGUGAGUGUGUUGGUGGAGGAGAUGCUACUGUGGGACAGACGGUGCGUCUCACCUGUACGUCUGCCUCUCUACCUCCUGCCUCCUUCUCAUGGGAACUUAACGGCCAGCCGGUGACCACCGGCCAAUCAGGGAGUGGCGUGCUGAGUCUGCAGAUCUUCUCCUCCAAUCAGAGCGGCCGUUACACCUGCAUCGCACAGAAUGAUGUCACAGGAGGGACAUCGAAGCAGCAGGUUGACCUGGCUGUUGUGGGUACGUGUCUGAGCGGAGGCGCUGUGGCGGGGAUCGUUGUUGCCUGUGUUGUUGCACUCAUCAUAAUUAUUGUUGUCAUUAUUUUGCUUCUGCGACAAAGAAACGUGGAUCGGAGACUCAAAGAUACUAUUGGACGUCAGAAUGCAAACCAGAAUGAAGGAAUCACAAUUGCAAACAGAGCUCUUGUCAAUGAAAACCACCUUAAUCCACCAUUACACAACACACACCCACAAAACUUCACUGCCGUUCCCAAUGACAACAAUGGGAACAUAAACACAAUGUCACAAAACAUGCCCAGCAACUCCAACCCACUCCUUAAUAAUGGCCAACAGCACACUGAUGUAUUCCAACGCAACUUCAGUACAGUCCCAGACAAUGGGCAUCAAAACAAUUCAUAUCCAAACAAUGACCCCCAGAGGUCCUUCCCACAACCUGUCCAAAACAAUCCCAAUAUUCUCAUACAAACGGGCAGUUCUCAGCCUGGUGCGCUUGCCCAUACAGUUCAUGUAAACCUCAACACCUUGCCACGAACCGACCAGUUUAAUAAUACACAACCUCAAACGGUGCAUGUCAACUUGAACACAUACCCUCCAGAAGCACAUCAGGUGGUCCAGCAACAUGCAAACCAUGGAGAAAGUGCACUACAGAGUCAACAUACUAACGCCAUCCAUCAAAAUCAUUCUCAGACUGGUAAUCAAACACAAACAACACUCAAUAAUGCUUUACCAAAUGGUUCUCACCAACCCAACAGCCUCAUUCAGACUGGAUACUCGCACUCUACCGACCAAACCAAUGCAAACCGCCGAAAUCCCAACUCAAGAUCAUCAGCAGAAGAGCGAAGUCGGCGUUCAAACCCCGUUCAGACCAACAACCAGUUCAAUGACUCCAGAACGCACCUCCAACAGUUGCCUUGGGACCGUUUGCAGGGAACGCCGGCGUAUCCCAACCCCGAAGUCUAUAGUUCAGACAGUAGUGGAUCUUCAGAUUUGCCACAACGAGAUGCACAGAGAAAUCGUUCUGCUCCGAGAUACCGGGAAACUGAACCUUCGGGAAGGUUGACCCAAGCUGCUCCUCCCCAAAGAAGAGACCUCCAGAGACCAAUCGUGCCCAACAACUCUCAAUUGGACCCAAAUGUGCAGAGACAAGCGGUCCAACAGAACUUAAGCACCCAACCACAAAUCCAAUCUCAAAUCCAGAUUGCAAUGCCUCAAACCCAAACCUCUCAGGCUCAGAAUCCAAUCGCCAUUGGUCAACCAAGGGGAACGAUUAUACCUCAAACCCAAACCUCUCAGGCUCAGAAUCCAAUCGCCAUUGGUCAACCAAGGGGAACGAUUAUACCUCAAACCCAAACCUCUCAGGCUCAGAAUCCAAUCGCCAUUGGUCAACCAAGGGGAACGAUCAUACCUCAAACCCAAACAUCUCAGGGUCAGAAUCCAAUCGCCAUUGGUCAACCAAGGGGAACGAUUAUACCUCAAACCCAAACCUCUCAGGCUCAGAAUCCAAUCGCCAUUGGUCAACCAAGGGGAACGAUCAUACCUCAAACCCAAACAUCUCAUGGUCAGAAUACAAUCCCCAUUGGUCAACCAAGGGGAACGAUCAUACCUCAAACACAAGCUGGCACCAGACCAAAUCAGACCGUGCCUCAGCCAUCCAUUCCUCUCACUGAGGCUGCCCUACGCCAACACACCACCCAAAUCGAUAACCCUUCUGCCAACUGGUUCCAGCAGUCUCAAGCUGCCUUGCAGAAUCCUGGACCUUCUCAACCCGUCCAGCAGCUCAACAAAGUGGGCCAGAGGCCUCCUACUCCACCUCCAGUGCUGCGGCCAGACCAGUUCCAGAAACUUCCACGUGAACGCAUGCAGCAGCCGCGCACCAUCCAGCCUGUGACCGUGCAACGCAGACACAGAUCUCCAAACAUGCACAAGCAAACCGGAGUGUUGCAUACAAGUCCACAGCGAAUGCCAGGAGUGCAUCCAAUGCAUGCAACCGUGCAUGGGCACCCAACACACAUGCGUCAGCAGGUCCACAGAGGCAGACCCAGACGUUGAGAAAAUGCAGUGCUCGUCUGGCUCGACACUAUUUGGACUGCGCAAAACUUUCGUACAAAGCACAAUGUCUCUCUGGUGGAAAGAAACAAACGCUCAGCCAUUCCUCCGGCCCUCGGCUUACUGUGCCAUACAGAUCUUUGUAUUUUGUCGGAGGGAUGGCAUUAUUGAUAAAAAGACUGAUGUUUUUGUUUCUCCUGCACAGCUGUAAUUUAUGCAUGAGAAAUCCGCGGCUGUUGAACAGGACACUGUGUGAAUUUCAUCCUGGUGAACAAUGCUGCUUAAGGAUUUUUCUUGUGCUCAAGUGUCUAAAAAAAAUAAAACACAAUGCAGUGUUUUUGCACUGACAGGAAGACUUCCAAAUGAAUCAGGAUGGGUGGCAGGACUUAACGACUAAAUGAUAAAUAAUGGACUGCUGCUGUUUGUCCUUUAUUCAGCUUUCUGCUCACAGAUGCUUCUUGUAGCGCCACUCAAUUAGUUCGAUCCGCUACGAUGCUUUUGUGGAUGGAUUAUGCAUUUGAGAAUGAAGGAGAUACACCUAACGGACGUGUAAUUAAUUACGCUCUUUAAUUUUGUGGAACAUUCUAAUGAGUUUAAGUAAAAUAGGUUGUUGACGGGCCUUGCAAAAAUAUGAUGAAAAGCAAAUGUUUGGUCAGAUGGUUUAUGUCAUGUACUUUUUUUUUUUUUUACUAAUAAAUUCUCAGUUUUUA